ACUCCUGCAUCACAAAGCAGACAUAUUGAAUCUUUUGACUAGAUUUAGAUAGAAAAAUCUUGUGCCUUCUGGAUGUAUUUUAGCACAUUUUAGUAUGAUAUUUUUUGAGAAAUGUGUAUUGAAGUAUGUGCUGAAUGUGUGAUUUUUCAAAUUCUCUAUGAAAUACAGGGAUACAUAAAAAGGAGCUUCAAGUGUUCUAAAUACAUAAAUUCCUUUAGCCAUUAGUGACUUGUCGUCUGUCAAGAGUUAUUUUAAACUUUUGAAUUCAUCAUGACAUCUGUCAAAGUAGCUGUGAGGGUUCGCCCUUUUAAUAACCGGGAAAUUCACCGUGAUUGCAAAUGCAUUAUUUCUAUGUCAGGGAAUACUACAACUAUUGUGAACCCAAAAGCUCCUUCAAAUUCCAAGGAUUCUACAAAAAGUUUUAAUUAUGAUUAUUCCUAUUUAUCUCUUGAUCCAACUGAUCCUGCAUUUGCAUCUCAAGAAACAGUUUACAAAGACAUUGGUGAAGAGAUGCUGCUGCAUGCUUUUGAAGGGUAUAAUGUAUGCAUUUUUGCAUAUGGUCAAACAGGAGCAGGGAAAAGUUAUACCAUGAUGGGUAAACAGGAAGAAGGCCAAGAAGGAAUAAUUCCUCAUAUCUGCAAAGACCUUUUUCGUAAAAUUAAAGACGCCCAAAAUGAUGAUACCCUUUAUUCAGUGGAGGUAAGUUACAUGGAAAUAUACUGUGAAAGAGUACGGGAUCUUCUUAAUCCUAAAAAUAAAAAUAAUCUCAGAGUCAGAGAACAUCCUUUAUUGGGCCCAUAUGUUGAAGAUCUGUCAAAACUUGCUGUUACCUCUUAUCAAGAUAUUCAUGAUUUAAUGGAUGAAGGAAACAAGGCAAGGACUGUUGCUGCUACUAACAUGAAUGAAACUAGUAGUCGAUCUCAUGCUGUUUUUACAAUUAUUUUUACGCAGAGGAAACAUGACAAGAGCAGUGGUCUUACUGCUGAAAAGGUCAGCAAAAUCAGUUUGGUUGAUUUAGCAGGAAGUGAGCGAGCAGAUUCCACUGGAGCGCAAGGAACUCGUCUAAAGGAAGGAGCAAACAUAAACAAAUCUCUGACUACUUUGGGAAAAGUUAUAUCUGCUUUAGCUGAAAUUGCUGCAACUAAAAAGAAGAAAAAAGCUGAUUUUAUUCCAUACCGUGAUUCUGCUUUAACAUGGUUAUUACGAGAAAAUCUUGGUGGAAAUUCUAAAACUGCUAUGAUUGCUGCAAUUAGUCCAGCUGAUAUAAAUUAUGAUGAAACACUAAGUACUCUGAGAUAUGCUGAUCGUGCUAAGCAGAUUGUUUGCAAAGCUGUUGUUAAUGAAGAUGCAAAUGCUAAACUCAUUCGAGAACUUAAAGAUGAAAUUGAGCGAUUAAAAGCUAUGCUCCGUGCAGGUGGCAUUGAUGCUGAUGCUGUCGAAGGAUUCAAUAACUCUGGCAAAGCCAAUGAAAACAACAAAAAUGCCAUCAAUAAAAAGAAACAGCGAACAGUAUCUUCAAGUGGGGAAGAUGUAAUAGAGCAGCUUCAAGAGUCAGAAAAACUAAUAGCAGAAUUAAAUGAAACAUGGGAAGAAAAACUAAAGAAAACUGAAGCCAUUCGUCUUCAAAGAGAGGCUGUUUUUGCAGAAAUGGGUGUUGCUCUUCGAGAAGAUGGCGAUACAGUCGGAGUGUUUUCUCCGAAAAAGGUAAAGACUCCACAUUUGGUAAAUUUGAAUGAAGAUCCUUUGAUGUCUGAAUGUUUGAUCUAUUAUAUUAAGGAUGGAAUCACUAGGGUAGGACGGCCAGAUGCAAAUGUUCCUCAAGACAUCAAGCUCAGUGGAUCACAUAUACUAAAUGAACAUUGCAUAUUUGAAAAUUUUGGAGGCACAGUCACUUUAAAAUCCUGUCCAAAUGCAAUGUGUUAUGUAAAUGGUCGAGAAGUUGUUGAUUCAGCUGUAUUACAAACAGGUUCUCGAGUUAUCCUUGGCAAAUACCAUGUAUUUCGAUUUCAAAAUCCCGAACAAGCUCGGGAAUGCAGAAAAUCUUUCAUUGAAACAUCUAACAAUUCAAGUAUUUUACCUAAGGAUUCUAUUUUGAACUAUUCAGGUGCAGAUCCCGUUGACUGGACAUUUGCUCAGUUGGAAUUAUUGGAAAAACAAGGUAUUGAUCUAAAAAUAGAAAUGGAAAAGAAACUUGUUGCACUUGAAGAACAAUAUAAGAAAGAAAAAGAAGAAGCAGACCAAAUUUUUCAACAAGAGAAAAAGAAUUAUGAAGCAAAAAUAGAAAGUCUUCAAAGGCAGGUUGAAGAGCAGUCAAUGAUGUCAAGCAUGUACAGCUCCUGCUGUAUUAAUGAACUUGAAACUACUAUUGAUGAAGACAAUGAUUACAUUGAUCCUCCAUGGACUGAACAUCAAUAUCAACUUGCUGAAUCGGCCUUUUUAAAAUGGAAGUAUCAUCAGUUUACCUCAUUACGUGAUGACUUAUGGGGUAAUGCUAUCUUCUUGAAAGAAGCAAAUGCUAUCAGUGUAGAGUUAAAGAAAAAGGUCCAGUUCCAAUUUGUUCUUUUGACUGACACUCUUUAUUCUCCACUGUUGCCUGACAUGCUGAAUCAUGAUGACUUUGACGAAGGUAUGGAGAGGCCAUAUCCACGCACUAUUGUUGCAGUUGAAGUUCAAGAUACUAAAAAUGGGGCAACUCACUAUUGGACACUUAGUAAAUUAAGACAUCGGCUGGAACUUAUGCGCAGCACAUAUAAUGAAGACACUUCCCCAGAAUCCCCUGAGACUCAUGAUGAUUUUCUGCAAUGCAUCUCAGCGUGUGCUAAGCAGCGGCUAUCGGCCGGCCUCGCCAUUAACAGCUUAAUUCCUUCGAGAAACAGGCAACGCUUGGAGCUAAUGAGAGAAAUGUAUCAUAAUGAAGCAGAACUUUCUCCAACAUCACCUGAAUAUAAUGUUGAAAGUAUAACUGGUGGAGAUCCUUUCUAUGAUCGAUUUCCAUGGUUUAGACUUAUAGGCAGGGCAUUUGUGUAUCUGAGCAAUUUAUUGUAUCCAGUCCCUUUGAUUCAAAAAGUUGCAAUUGUGAAUGAAAAAGGUGAUGUUAAAGGAUAUCUGAGAGUUGCAGUGCAAGCUGUUAUAGAUGAUGAAGAAUCUUCAGAUGUAAAUCAGAGAGGUGUGAGACAAUCAGCACGAAUAAGUUUUAGUGAUGAUUUGUUUCUGAAACAGAAAAAGGGUUCAAAGAAAGAGAAAGAAAAUUGUACAUCUGAUAAAGAUUUCAGUUCUUCACAAGAGCGAAUAGUCGAAGGACAAGGACCCACUCCAGAAAACUCAGAUAUUUACUGUGAUGAAGAUAAUAAUAAACACACUGAUGAAAAAUGCAACCUUCUUUCUGAAAAUGAAGGCAAAGAUUGUGAUCAUCCUGAUCACCUUCAUUUAGGACAAGAAUUUACUUUCAGAGUUACUGUUCUCCAAGCUAUAAACAUUUCAAAAGAAUAUGCUGAUAUCUUUUGCCAGUUCAAUUUCUUACAUCGUCAUGAUGAAGCCUUUUCAACAGAACCUUUGAAAAAUACUGGAAAAAGUCAUUCUCCUGGAUUCUUUCAUGUACAGAAUAUAACUGUAACUGUUACAAAGUCUUUCCUUGAGUACAUCAGAACACAACCAAUUGUUUUUGAAGUUUUUGGCCAUUAUCAGCAACAUCCUUUGCACAGAGAUUCAAGAGAUUUUGUUACUCAACAGAACAGUCGACAACCACCAAGGCGUAUGUUCCCCCAGUCUAUUCCUAUAUCACAGCCUAUACGCUCACCAAAAUUUGGUGUUCUUCAGUCCUUAAGGUAUGAAUUUUGCACGACUCAUGUACAUGCUAGGCAUGAUCUUUUAGUUUGGUUUGAAAUUUGUGAAUUGGAACCCAAUGGAGAAUAUGUUCCAGCUGUUGUUGAUCACAAUGAUGACAGCCCUUGCAGAGGAACGUUUUUAUUGCAUCAAGGCAUUCAAAGGCGUAUCCGUAUUACAUUAGUCCAUGAACCAAUGAUAGAUUUUCAGUGGAAGGAAGUUCGAGAGAUUGUUGUAGGUCGUAUCAGAACUACCCCUGAAUGUGAUGACGAUGAUUUGGAUACUUCAGUCUUGUCCUUAGGAAUAUUUCCUGGUGAUUACUAUGAAAAGUCUGGUGAUGACAGAACAUUUUAUCGAUUUGAAGCUGCUUGGGAUAGUUCAUUACAUAAUUCAGCAUUGAUGAAUCGUUCAACCCCUACUGGAGAAAGAAUAUACAUGACACUUUCUGCAUAUCUUGAGCUUGAAAAUUGUGCUCAUCCAGCAAUAAUAACCAAAGAUUUGUGUCUGAUCAUAUGUGGCAGAGAUGCACGAACUACACCUAGGAUAUCUCCUAAUGCUCGUUCACUAAAACAUUUAUUCUCUGGCGCUUAUAAAAAUUCUGAGGGUAAUCAUGUCAGUGGUGUAUAUGAAGUGCUUAUGAAACGAGCAGCUGAUUCUGGAAGCCCUGGUGUUCAGAGGCGCCAGAGACGAGUCUUAGAUACUUCAUCUACUUAUGUGAGAGGAGAAGAAAACUUGCAUGGUUGGAGACCUCGUGGAGAUUCUCUAAUUUUUGAUCACCAGUGGGAAUUAGAAAAAAUGACUAGAUUAGAAGAUGUUGAAAAAGUGCGCCACCUGCUGCUUUUACGUGAAAAGAGAGGAAUUGAUCAUAUGUUUGGUCACACACCAGAUAUCAGUAAAAUGGAAAAAGAUGCAUGUAAUCUUGUUGCCAAAGCAUCAAGUGAAGGUACCUUUCCACCUGGACAGUUGGUUCUUUCUCCUACUUCGCCAACUACAGCUAACCGUUUAAUAGUAGAUGAAUCAGUCUAUGCUCCUUGGGAAAUGACAGAAAGGGAAAGAGAACUUGCUUCAAAAUGCAUUGCUCUUAUUAAUAGUCACAUUCCAUCAAAACCAUCCCCUACACCAUAUGCAAAGGAUGAGCUUACUCCAACUGAAGAUGUUGAUGUAAUAUCUAGAUCUUCAAGUAUUCAUUCAAGUAUUGCAUCUUCAUCUUCUCAAGACUCUUUUCUUAGAACUUUACCCAAUGAUAAAUGCAAUGGGGCAAGUGAAGAUGAGCGUAGUCACAUAAUUCCCACUUCCAUAGCUUCCAGAUCCUCCUCCUCUGUUCCACCUUCCCAUCGUAACUCUGGUCGUUUCCUCUAUGUUGCUGAAGUGGAAGAGAUAAGAGUUAGCCCGGUGGUGUCACGAAAAGGUUAUCUCAAUUGCCUUGAUGAUAAGACCAAAGGAUGGGUAAAACACUGGGUUGUUGUUCGGAGGCCUUAUGUUUUCAUUUACAAGAAUGAAAAAGAUUUGGUUGAACGAGGGAUGAUUAAUUUAGCAACAGCCCAAGUAGAGUAUAGUGAAGAUCAGGAAGCUAUGCUAAAGGUACCAAACACAUUCUCAGUGGUUACCAAGCAUAGAGGUUUUCUUCUACAGACUCUGGGAGAUAAAGAAGUAUAUGAAUGGUUAUAUGCGAUAAACCCUCUUCUUGCUGGACAAAUAAGGUCAAAACUAUCUAGAAAGCGUCCUGUCUCAACAGCCACAUAAACUCAUGGAAUUCUUACAAAGUCAGAAGACGCUUUAGAUUGCAUUCCUGCAUAUGUUUGAAGCAUUAGCUAAUUCUCAUACGGUGCUUUAUGUGUAGUGUAUAGCUGAUCAGAACUAAUAUUAUGCAACAAUUUAUAUAUUUAUUGUGACCUAAAAGAGAACGGUUCCUUGUCCUGAAACUUAAAUCAGCAGUAUCAAAGAAUUAACCAUAAUGAAAUCUUAUUUUCCACGUAUUCUUAUUUGUCAGAUAAAAUAAUAAGCAUCAGAAUAGCUGCUGAAGUGUUAAAAAGACCAGAAUCAGAUUUUGUGUAGAUUUUCAUUUUACUUUUUAUAUAUUAAUUCACAAACUAUUUAUGGCUUCCAUUUAUAUAUUAUUUAUGCAGCUAUCCUUUCUCUUUAGCUGUUGUAUUAAAUAAAAAUUAAAAAGAAUAUAAACUUUUUACACUAUUUUGGGGCAAAUAUUAGUUAGGUACUAAUAGAAAAUGUAAUUUUUAUAUUAAUGAAUCUUAUUUAAUGAUAAUACAUAUUAAGUAUGUACAAAAAUUUGUAAUUUCCUCUAGCAGCUACCAUGUUUUGUGGAACUGUGACAUUAACAGUAAAUGAAAUGCAUAUUUUUUUUUCAUUUCAGUAACUUAUUUAGUUUUUCAUGUGAUAAAAAUUGCACCUUAAAUUUCAUUUUAUAAUAUCCAGAAAAUCAAAUUUGAAUUCUUUUUUUUAAAUUAAUAUAAAAUUUUUAAUUUUUUUAUUAUGACAUGGCAUUUGAAAAUCAACAGUAAAUUCUUCAGCUGUUAAACUUGCUAACCUUUAAUGAUGAAAAAAAAAAAUUGUGCCAUCCUGAUUUGUUCUCAAUUGCUGCUGAAAAAUGUAUUAAAACGUUUCAGCUAUGCGAUUUGUAUUAUUUGUUUUGUGUAUAUUGUAUUUAUUACACUUUAUAAGAUGUUUAUGCAUUAUAUAUAUAUGCGUGUGUAUUAUAAAUGUAUAUACUGUUUCAUUUGAAUUUGCUGUUCUGUAUGAUUGUUUUAGUCUAAAUUAAUAAUUUAAUGUAGCACAUCGUGCUUGGCUUGUCAUGGCAAUAUAUGAAAUAUUUAUAAUGAUUUGAUAUGUGUAUAGGAGCAAUAGUUUAUCUUCGUGUCAGUUCAUUGCUCAGGAAUUAAUCCUGUAACUAAGAACAUAAUUAUUUAUUUAUUUAUUACCUUUCUGUAAUUAUGGUGUAUAUUCUUUGCCAUCUGUGUUUCUUGUAAUUUUGAAUGAAAUGAUUGCUGACUGUAAUGGAUAGAAUGAUUUGAGUGAAAAUGCAAGUUUUAUGAGCUAAUAUAAUACUUGUUAUGCAUAUUGAAUAGGAAGAACUUGUCACAGGUGAGCGAGUCUCAUCCUUUUCGUGACAGAGACAUUCCUUUGGUGUAAAUCACGACUGUAUGUAUAAAUAAAUAUGAGAGGAAAUAUCUGAAAUAGCUCAAAAUGUUCAAUUUAGGUUAUCUAAAGAUUUUCUGAUUUGUAAUAUUUUCUCAAAGAAUGAAGUCAUUUAUGCAGCUUGAUUUUGAAAAUAAAUAGUUGUGCCAUGAUCAUUUUAUAUUUAGAUCAUGAAGCAUGUUUAAAGGCUGAAGAAAAUUAUAUUUAACAUUUCUUAAUUUGUUAGAGCUUGUAAAAUAUUUGUUAUAUAUAAGAUUUAAUAUGUAUAAAAAUAAAUUGUUGUAACUUAGAAAAAUGCAAGUCUAGCAUUUUCAAAUGCACAAUAUGUGGCUGUUAUUAAGGACUUAUUUUGUGUAAACAUGACAUAUAUAUAUAUUGUGCAAUGUUCUAGUCAUUCUGUAACAAAGAAAUAACAUGUGAUUUGGAUGGUUUUUACUAUCAUAACAUGACGACAUGUUGUUUCAUUGUUUAAAAAGAAAAAAAAAACUUCAUUGAAUAAAAAUUGAUAUUAAAUUAAAGCAUGUAACAGGAAAUCAUUUGUUGUUUAUUUUUCUGCAGAUCAUUACAAAUGACAUUUUAAUAUUGGAAAUAUUAAAAGGAACAUGUAUUAUUAUAAUAUGUUAUUAAUACAAUAAAUUAAUUUUAUGCUUCA